UUGAAUUUUUUACCGUUAUCGCGUUCCCUAUCUUCUAUUUCCAGACGAUGGUUAACUGAUAACUGCAUUCCUCUUGUACGUGAAAUAACUUUCGAGAACGCUGAAGAGUUAACAGAGGAAGGAAUUCCUUUCCUUAUCUUGUUCCGUCAUCCUGAUGAUAAAGAGAGUGAAAAGGUGUUCACAGAAGCAGUAAUGAGAGAACUUCCUGAUCAAAAAGCCGCGAUAAACUGUCUUGUCGCUGAUGGCAAGAAAUUUGCCCAUCCACUCCAUCAUCUUGGUAAGAGAGAAACCAUCCAGAAAACUACGUCGUUCGUGCUUGAUCUCCACAGUGGCAAGUUGCAUCGAGAGUUCCAUCAUGGUCCAGAUCCGGUCGUUCAGCAGGUCACUGUCCAACCGGAUGAAAUAGAGACGCAGCCGCCGCCGUCUGUAUUCGAGAAACUCAAACCGUCGCACACAAGGUAUACAAUUCUCGACAAAGAUGAGCUGUAA